AUGAUUAUACUAACAUUGGUUAUGAUGAUAAUAAUGAUAAAAAAAGACAAUGCUAAUGAUAAUACUAACAAUGGUUAUGAUGAUAAUAAUGAUAAAGAAAACAAUGCUAAUGAUAAUACUAACAAUAGUUAUGAUGAUAAUAAUGAUAAAGAAGACAAUGCUAAUGAUAAUACUAACAAUAGUUAUGAUGAUAAUAAUGAUAAAGAAGACAAUGCUAAUGAUAAUACUAACAAUAGUUAUGAUGAUAAUAAUGAUAAAGAAAGCAAUGCUAAUGAUAAUACUAACAAUGGUUAUGAUGAUAAUAAUGAUAAAGAAAACAAUGCUAAUAAUAAUACUAACAAUAGUUAUGAUAAUAAUAAUGAUAAAUGA